CGUAGGAGCCUCGCUUCUCCUAGGUCCCACCCCUUCCUUCCCCACCCCUUAGCAACGCGCGCGGCUUGUGUUGGCAACGCCGGGUGCCCACGCCUCAGCAGUUUGUAGGUGGACUGUGAGUGCGGCGGCGGAGGCCACUCUAUGGAGAAGCCCCUGCUGCCACAAUGGCUGCGGCCCGCCUCUCGUCCCCCGGAGGCGUAUUGACCUCGGCCAUGUCAUCCACGCCUUCUACCCAGCCCAGUAGGGAAUCGAGGGCCACGAGCCGGUCCCAGAAAUCCAACCUGGGCAUUGUCACGCCGGACCGCCUCACGCCCUCCCGUACCCCGGACACCAGCAGCGUCGGCCGACCCAAGUCCAGCGCCAGCAUGGUCAGCAGCCGUCACAUCCCCUUGGUCAGGCUCAAGGCAGUCACCGACACGGACUUGGGGUUAGCCCAGGGUGUGCAGUUCAAGACCAUGGAUCUUAAUGGCAUCAUUAAACUGCUUGAAGAAGGCGGCAAAGGUGAUUUUGAAGAAAAGCAACUACAAUCUAUUAGGAUGAUGGUGCAGUGUUAUCAGAAUGGAUUUCCUCUCAGAGAUUUGGCCCACAUAUUUAAAAUCAUGAGUCUGUGUUCAAAACUGAUUAAGAAUCAGCCGGCUUAUUUGGACAUCGUAUGCGACAUUCUGAAACUAUGCCGUUUACCAUUUUUGAAAAAAAAAACAUCAGAUGAAGUCACCUAUGCAAAAGAAAUCUCAGGGGCAGUUCCACUCCUAGGUGACUUACUACAGAUACCAAGUUCUGAGUUAAGGAUACAGCUUUGUAAGUGUAUUGUUGAUUUUUACCAUGCAGAACCACUAAAGAAGCAAAUUGCAGGUUAUCAGCAAGUUACUUCAGCUUACAAGAUUCAGAUGAUUCAAACAGGGGGUUUGGCAGAAACUUUAGUUCUUUCGUGGAACCUCCUUCAAAAUGAACUUCUUGAAAAGUUAUGGUUACUUAAAACUUUGCAGCAUCUUUCUACUUCUGAAGUUAAUUGUAAUUUAAUGAUAAAAGCACAAGCUGCCAACAAAAUCUGCUCUUGCCUAAAUAACCCAGAUCCUUCGGGACAACUUCUCUUCCGCUCAUCAGAAAUCCUAUGGAACUUAUUAGAAAGGUCUUCGAAAGAGGAAAUCAUCAAGCAGCUUAGUAACUUGAAGUGUCUAUUGGCUUUGAAGGAAGUAUUUAAGAAUCUGUUUACUAGAGGUUAUCGUCAUUAUGAUCGUCAACUGAGGAAUGACAUCUUAGUAAUCACCACAAUUAUAGCUCAAAACCCUGGAGCACCAAUGAUUGAAAGUGGAUUUACCAGAGAUUUGAUACUCUUUGCAACAUUUAACGAAGUUAAAAGUAAGGAUCCUUUGGUAAAAGGACUUAAACUUUCCAAUAGCUAUGAAGACUUUGAGCUGAAGAAAUUGCUGUUUAAUGUAAUUGUGAUUUUAUGUAGAGAUUUACCAACUGUACAGAUAUUAAUUGAAGGUAAAACUGUGGAAGCUUUAUUUACAUAUGUUAAAAAAAUUGAAAGACACAAGGUAAUUGAAUGGUCAGCUGCCCAGCUCGAGGAAUUACAGCUCCACGCCAUUGCCACCUUGGCCUCAGUGGCCCCUUUGUUGAUAGAUGACUACCUGGCCUGCAAUGGCAAUUCUCGAAUUCUGAUGUUCUUAGAGUGGUGUGUAAAUGAAGAAACCUUCUUUAGCCAAGGCAACAGUUUCCAUGGCACGGGUGGCCGUGGCAACAAAUUUGCCCAAUUACGCUACACUUUAAGGCUUUUGAGAGCCAUGGUGUCCCUCAGUAAUGAAGUUGUAAACCAGGAUCUCUUUGAUCAGGGAGCAAUUAAGCAACUGAUAGGAAUCUUAAAAAGUGCAGUGUACACAUUUAAGGAAGAGGCCAUUGUUUUGGAAAUUAAGUCAGAUAUAUUACUUAUCUUGUCUUGCAUUUGUGAAAAUCACAUUCAUAGGAAGGAAGCAUUUGGAACUGAAGGAGUGGAUAUAGUUCUUCACCUAAUGAAAGUAGACCCUAAAAAGUUUCAGAGUGGAUUAGGUCAUAAUCGACUUCUUUUUAGUACAUUGGACUGCUUGUGGUGCUGCAUUUUGGGAUGUUAUACCUUGGAAGACUACUUUCUUGAAAAAGAAGGCAUUUUUCUACUUUUGGAUCUGUUAGCUUUAAACAAAAAAAACUUCUGUAAUCUCAUUCUUGGAAUAAUGGUGGAAUUUUGUGACAAUCCCAAAACCUCUGUUCAUGUUAAUACUUGGAGAGGAAAGAAAGACCAAACAGCUGCCAAUCUCUUAAUUAAAUUGUGGAGAGAAGAAGAAAAAAUCUUAGGAGUAAAACGUGAUGAAGAUGGGAAGAUAAUUGAUGCAAAGAAGCCUCUGAUUACUAGCUUUCAAGAAGACCAAAAAAUCAUUCCAAUGCCUGCCAGCUGUCCUACUACUUCAAUCAUGGAGGUGUCUGAAAACAUCAGAGCAAAAAUUUAUGCUGUAUUAGGCAAACUAGAUUUUGAAAAUCUACCAGGCUUGUCUGCUGAAGAUUUUGUCACGCUCUGUGUCAUACAUAGAUAUCUUGAUUUUAAAAUUGGGGAGAUAUGGAAUGAAAUAAAUGAAGAAAUAAGAGUUGAACAAUUCAGACCCGUCAGUGCUGAUAAAGAGACACUGGAAGCUAUUACGGAAGCUUCGGAAAACAUUGGGAAAAUGGUGGUGGCGCUGCAGAAUGAGAUGGUUGAAAGCCAACGAAACCAAGACAUGAACAGUGAACAGAAAGAUUAUAUGAAGAUACAUGCCACUCAUAAGCAAAGAGACAUGGCUAAUAAAUCUUGGGGGAAAUACUUGGCUAGAACAUCAAAUUCUAAAGCUUUAAAGAAAACCAAAAAGCUUCAGGAAAAGGCUAUUGAGUCUUCUCGAGCCAAAGGACAACUGCAGAAUGCCAUAGUUCACUCAACAGACAUCAAGGGCCUGAAUGUAACAGAAAACAGUGAUGGAAAACUCUUUGCAACAAAGAUAGAACAAAAAACAGAUGGGCGAAGCGCUUCAAAGAAGGCCUUAAAAGACCCACCUCCCCAACAAAAAUUCUCUCACAGACACAUCGGAAGCUCAGACCAAAAAGCUUAAAAAAAAAGAAACAAAAGAUAAUCAAAUCACAACAAAAAACACUAAAAGCACUUGAAACCGCCACCACUUCAAAUUAAACAGUUGUCAUAGAAACAAAAGCUACCACUAAUAGAUGAAGUCAUACCAAGAGCAGUACAUGUGUAUAUAUUUAGUAUACAGAUGCGUGUAUACAUAAGUGCAUAUAUGUAUAUAUAUACAUAUAUAUAUACACAGAGAACAUUCAUAUAUAGUUUAAAAAACUUGGAAGAAUUAUGUCAUUAAUGCAAGAAAAUUCUUCUGUAGUCUAAUAUCAUGUAGCAAGAAAAGCUCUAAUGGAUGUAAAAUUUUAGGAAUAGUAGCCUAAAUUUCAUCCCCGUAGUCUUUUUUUUGUCUAGAGUCUUCCACACAUCAGUUGUUGCCUCUUACACAUCAGAGAUCGGUGGUUUCAUUACAAUGGGAUCUCCUUCCACCAACAUAAAUGUGAACGUUUCUAUGCUCUGGCCACAAGAAAUUCAUCACCCUACAGCCAACCUGAUGAACGCAACCCUUCCUCACAGCCUUUCCAGCUUGAUAGGACUUAUCAGGGCAUAUAAGUGCCGACAGAGUUCUUGAAGAACUUGGGUCACUGCCAAGGUCCUCACAGAAGAAUCUAUAUAUUAGCAGACAUCCCCACCACCAUCAAUGGCUUUUUAAAAACACUUUGAAAACUUGUGAAAACAUAAAACGCACAACAUUCUUUAAAUGUCUUUAAUCCCAGCUUAAUCUGCCAAUAAACUGGAUCAGAUGCAGAGAUUCAGCUUCAUAUUCACAUCUUUGUACCUAAUCCAACCUGGAAAAGCAGCUUGUUGUUGACGUACAGCCGAAUGUUUGCCAUUCAAAAUGGGGCCUACUUAUAUAGAUACAAGUUACAUAGAACAAGACACGCAUCUUGGGAACACUUCGCUGCUCAUCCUGUCCAGUUGCUAGAUUUUGUCAUCUUGGGCCACCAUCCAUCUUUCUCUCCACUCCGUAGACACUCUUACCCUAACUGCCACAGGACUUGACCAUUUUUGGCAUGACUUCUCUUCCAGUUCAUUCUACAGAUGCCAAUUGUUUGAUCUCAUCCAAACUUGUCUCCCAUUUUGUCUUAUCUGACAUAAACUGAUUCAGGUUUCUUCAAGAUCUGUUUCACCCAGAAUGUUUCCUGACUUUCCGACUUUGGGAUAUACAUCUCAGGACCCUAGUCCUCUGCCAUGACUGCGAUACUAUAUAAAUCUUCCAGGCUACAUUUCCAAACUCUUCUGCUGAUUCUUUGGGACCCAAUGGCCUCCCUGCAAGCCUGCAGUCAGAAUCACUGUCAGGGAUAAGUUUUUACUUAAUACUUAAAUGGAUCUAUAAUCAUUCUCUCCCAAGGAGCUCAUAUUUCAACCCCCUCUUGAUUUUUUGUGUGUGAUUCUUUUCCAUGACCUUCCUUUGUAGGGACAGUAAUAUAAAUUGAUGUUCCAAGAGGCAUCUUCUUGGCCCUUUAACAUUACCUGGGUAGAAAUGCAGCCCUCAGAUCUUCCAUAUUCCACCUCAUUUUCUGAUCAUAUAUUUCAAAUUACUUCUUUUAUAACAUUUGCAAAUAGCUUGUACUUGGCAAUAUUCUGUGGCCUGUUUAUGCUCCCAUACAGCUCUUCAUUGCUUUUUGUUUGAUGUGAAAUUUUGAUUCUUUGGAGACUGCAACAUUCUGUAAUUUAUAGCUAGAGAGCAGGGACCCCAGGAGAUUGUUUUGUUUUGUUUUGUUUUUAAUCUAGUCCUCUGAUUCAGUCAUUGUAGGGAGCUCACAGGAAAUAAAUUUCACUUACCAACAUACAGAUUAACAACUUUUUCCUCUAAUUUAUAAUCUUGCAAAAUUCCAUUAAUUAGGGAAUAUAGGUUUUUAUUUUGGGAAAAAGCUUGGGCUUAUUAAAACCACUGUGGGAGCAGGUGGGUAGCGCAGUGGAUAGAGAACAAGACCUAGAGAUGGGAAGUCCUGGGUUCAGAUCUAGCCUCAGACAUUUCCUAUCUGUAUGACCUUAGACAAGUCAUUUAGCUCCCAUUGCCUAGCUUUUACUGCUCUUCUGCCUUAGGCCUGACACAGUAUCAAUUCUAAGAUAGAAAGUAAGUGUCAAAAGAAAACCAACUACUUUGCAGUUUUUCCCAAAUUUAUUUUGUUUUCUUUCCUCUAUUCAAUUUAUGACCCUUUUCACCAUCUGUCUGCCAUGUAUGUCCAUAAUACCUGUGCUGAUGAACCAGCUCUAUGAAUUAUCUGUCCACCUAUUGUCUAGAUAAUAGGUAUUCGUCAUCCACUCGGUAUUUUUUGCAUAAAAUUGUUAAACUCAUUUGAAUGGUAAUGAAUCUCAUUUAUGCUCUGUAUUCAGUAUAAUAUGAUUAGCACAGCAGCAUUUGCAGACACAAAGAUAUGGAAUUCCUCCUCUCUCUGAAUUCAGAGCCAAACAUUUCUCAUGAUAGAGGCAAACAACAUUGUCGAGCACAUAACUCACUUUUUUGUGCGUUGCUCCAUUUUAAUAAUUAGAGUAUUGCCAACCACAUUUAUCUAUUGUGUAUCUAUCAAGGAAUUUAAUCUCAUUUUAGGAGGCAGCUAGGUGCCUGGGAAUAGAGUCAGGAAGACCUGAGUUUAAAUCCAGCCUCAUAUACUUCCUAGCUAUGGGACCCUGGGCAAGUCACUUAACCACUGAUUGCCUCACAAAAGGAUUCACUGGAGAAGGAAAUGGCAAACCAUUCCAAUAUCCUUGCCAAGAUCAUAGCUAUCCAUAAGAUCACAGAGUUGGACACAGUUGAACAACAACAAUCUCAUCUUUAAAAACAAACAAAAACCAGGCCUAGAGACGGGAGGUCCUAGGUUCAAAUCUGGCCUCAGACACUUCCCAGCUGUGUGACCCUGGGCAAGUCACUUGACCCCUAUUGCCAAGCCCUUACCACUCUUCUGCCUUGGAGCCAAUACACAGUAUUGACUCCAAGACGGAAGGUAAGGGUUUAAAAAACAAAACAAAAACAAAAACAAACAAACAAAAACAAAAAACCUUUACUUUCCAUCUUAUAAUGAAUACUUGUAUUGGUUCUAAGGCAGAAAAAUGGUAAUGGUCAGGCAAGAGGAUUCACAUAACUGGAAAAUAUCUUAGGUCACAUUUGAACCCAGGACCUCCUAUCUCUGUCUGGUCUGAGCCACCUAGCUGCCCCCAAUAAUGUCAUCUUAACCUAUUCAUGGGAGAUACCUUGCUGGAGAGGUCUCUCUGACUACUUUUUUAUCUAAUGUAUGAAAUGCUUUUUUUAAAAAUCAACAAUAUUAUCCAUACUUUUCAGGCAAUUUACUAUGAAGACAUAGUCUUUUGUAGAAAAUCACUUGUAAAAUCCCGCCUUCUCAUAUUUUUUCAUGAACAAACCCUCAGUAUUUGUGUAAAGAAUCCUUUUAAAGAUGUUGAAGAAUGAAAACCGAAGAUAGGCAUCAGUAGUUAUUAUUCUAUUGAUUGCUUUUUUUGUAGCAAUAACAUCUGAGAAAACACACAUACAAAAUUACUAUGUGGUAGUAGUAGUUUUGGGCAUAAAGAUAUUUAUUAUAGAUUAACAAAAGCAGAAGAGCCCUCUCCACAGUCAUCAGAUUUAUCCUCCUACCAUUAGACUUUGUCCAAAUCAUCCCAACCAUCCCAGGACCAUUAUACAACAACACAGCAUAACCAAUCCCAUUCUGCCUUUUAUGCUCACCAACUAUUUUCCUUCUUCAGGGAAUCAAACAAUUCAUUCCACUUUUUUCCUUAUACUCUUAUACCCCCCAGCCCUUUACAGCACUUUUUUUAGGAAGUAAAAAAAUUUGCUGCUUCAAUAAAACUUUUACCUUCUUCAUUUUUAAUCCAAGUUGAAAAAGAAAACAAGUGUUUUUUUUUUUUAGAAAACAAGUGUUAAUCUUAUUUCCUUUCAUCUUUUUCUAGGCUUAUUAAGGACCUUCCAUUAAGCUUUCUUUACAUGUACACCUGCACACACAAACACAUACAUACCUCUUCAUAUUAAAACACAUUUGGAAGGUUGCAAAAUGCUUCUUGGUUAUCCUAAGAUGCUUACUCCCCCCCAAAAGCCCAUCCCUUUAACAGCAGUAUAAGAUCUUCAGGUGAUUCUUUAUGACUAUAACAAAUAAGAUGCCAGGAAUUUGGAAAAAUCAAAAACCCAGGUGAUCCAAAAGUUGCUCAUAUAUGUAGCAGCACAUUAACAUGAAUUAUUUCCAAAUAGGGUGUGGCAUAAUAGAUGUCAGGAAGUACAGAUAGGAAAAGAAGGUUAGACCAAAGAGUAAGACUAUGAAACAAUGGGUGGACAAUCAAAAUGCUGCAUUUGUACAUUUGGUAGAUUAAAAAGGUCCAACAUACGGGGUAAAUCCUAUAUGGAGGAUGUACAUGAAAAACCCAGGCAAGAAACACAACAUAUGGAGGGCCAUUGGCAUCAAAGAUUCAUCAAACAUGCAGAGAGCCAUUGGCAUCAAAGAUUCAUCAAACAUGCAGAGAGCCAUUGGCAUUAAAGACUCAUCUCUGUGUGUCAUUAACAAUUGAUGCUCAGAAACAGUGAGCAUCAGAACUAGUACAAUAGCUAAUUGAUUGUGCACCAAGCCUGAAGUCAGGAAAACCUGAAUCCAAAUCCAGUUUCAGACUCUUACUGGUUGUGUGACCCUGGAGCAAAUCAUUUAAUCUCUUGAGUUUCCUCAUCUGUCUAUUAUCUUUAUAAUAAAAGCACUUCACUCCCAGAUUUGUUGAGAAGAGAAAAUGAGACAAUAUUUGUCAAGUACUCUGGAACACUAAAGAGUUAUGAGUCCUAGCUGUUAUUAUCCCAAGGGAAGAAUGGCAUUGAUUGCAUUGAAACAUUAAAUAGUCUAAAUUGCUGUGCUUAGCUGAAUCCAGUCCACAUAGAAGAAGCAAAGUUUGGCAGUUGUCCGAGAAAAAAAAAAACAUUGAAUAUAGUCAUGUAUCUUUAUAGCUACUAUUUUACAAUUUUCAACUGAAAUCCAUGAAAAAUUAUUGAAGAUAUAUUUAUAUGACAAUUUUAUAUGCUGUCAUAUUAUUCUGGGAUAGUAGACAUUGAACCAAAGGUACACAUUGAUAUUCUUAAUAAUGAAACUACUUUGGUCAAAUUUGUUCCUUCUGAAGUUAUUAUGGGACAAACAUAAAGGCAAAUUGAGCUUGAUUUAAAACAGAGAACUCAUUUGGCUUGGUCAGUGAGUCCAAAGUGAACAUAGAAUAUUAUUUUCAACAGACUGAAACAGAGUGGCAUCAAUGAUAACAGAGAAGUUAGGGAAGCAUCAGGGUUUCUGCCUUUAUCAGUUAUGAUCAGUGAAACAUCUUAGGACAUCAAUAGCCUGAGACAGAAAAAGAAUGAACAGGAGGAGAUUGGAGGAUCACCUAUGUAGAUGUAAUAGUUGAUGCAGAUCAGAUCACCCAGAGAAGGUAGUAGGAGUCAGAAAAAUGGCCAGCUCUGCAAUGAAUCCCUCAUAGAAUAGGGGGAGAUGACCAAAAUAAUCUACAAAUGACAGAAGAUCCAAAAGCAUCCUCCAGCAAUAAAAUGCAGAGAAUCUCAAGGAGCAGUAUUACAUAUUAAAGGAAAUCAGGCAGGAAGAUGAGGCUCAGAACGAAUCAGUCUCUUGAUCCUGUUAUUUUUAGUGCACUGAGAAAUUAGGGAGUAAGAAGAUGGAGAUUAAGUUACCAGCUAAAUACUCCACACAGACAAACACCAUAUACAUGAAGAUGGGAAUGUGAUAAAGGGUUGCUUGGAGAGAAAACUAAGGCAAUCUGUCAUUGGCAUGAGGUGGGGAAAAGACUAAAUUUCUUCCUCUGAAUGUAUUUUACAUAGACAGGUAAUCAAACAUCAUAAAUAAUAAGCGGAUGAUCAGAUACUUGACAAUACUGAUUUUUCUAGUGACUGUUCUUUGUAGUCGAGAAUUGUUUAAAGGCCAGCUAAGGUUCCUGGAAAUACUACCAGACAAGAUGUGGAGUCAACAUAACAUUCAUCUCUAGACCAAGUUAAAGAUCUCCAAAAGGACAAGGUGGCUCAUACUACCUCCAUCCAGACAAGAACUUGAUUUUUUUUUUCCUUAGAUGUGUCAGUGAAGCAUAAAAACCCAAACAAAUGGUCCUAAGAAAGUCCAGGAUACUCUGAUACCAGUAUGUGUGGUCAUCAACCCUUCUGGGCUUCCUGGGUGUGAUGCCUGUCCCCAUUAUAGCCCAUUCUCUCGUGCCCUUUGAUCAUGUGGCUUAAGUACUGCCUUCUUUCAACCUACAGAAAGUCAAGAUAUCACUGUAUUAUAGGAAUAGAUUAUAUGCGUCACCUACCAAGAAGUACUCUAUUUUAGCCACUGCGCCCAAUGGUACCUUUCAAAACUCUCUGCUGCGUGUGUGAGGUAGACUUCCAAAAGGAAAGCAGUAUUCCCACUAGCCCCACAUAGGGCAAUCAGCCUAUAGACAUGUAGGCUGCUUUCCUCAAAAACCUGUGGCUUCAAGUGGUGGUACUGGACAGUUUUAUAAUUAAACUAGAUGAUGAAAUGGAAUAUUAUUUCAAAAUAUAUAACAGCUCUGUGCCUCCAACUUCUGCAGUGACUUUGUUACCCUGAUCUCAUCUCUCUGAGAUCUCAUCAUGGCCUCACCCAUAUCCACAGGGCUUGAUGUACCAAGCUUAGAGACUGUGAAAAAAUGAAAAGAAAUCAAGCACUUUCUUUGGAUUCAUCUGCCUUCAGCCUCCUUAUAAACCUUCCCCACUUGCCCUCUUAAAUCUUCCAGGGUAGUGGGAGGAAAUUUUGAACUACCUGCAUCCUUAUUUCAUGCUAAGAAGUCAAGGAGUUGAUGUGUUUUAAGGACUCUGAUUCUGAAUUAAACAGGGAAAAGAGGUUUGGGAGUCAGCCUCUUCUCAGCUUACCAGCCCAACUCUAUUCACAAUAGCUGGUGGUCUCAGCACUUUGGGUCCCUUUUUGUCAUGGUUCCUGACUCCAUCCCUGCAUUUCCUAUAUAGCACUGGUCCCCAACAGUCUCAGUCACUUGUCAUUCUAGACAUGAGCUGCAGCAGCAGUGACCUCCACUGUGUCCAAGCUCCUCCUGUCUACAUCAUGGAAGCUCAGGAAUUUCAAUCCCAGGCUAAUGGUGGCUCACUCCCAGUCAUCCUCCUGGCAAAGGAGUCUCAUUCCUCUCAGUACUGUGUCUCCUACCCAUAUCAAGUUUGUCCUCAAUGCCCAUGGUGAGGGAUGAAGAGCGGGUCAGCUUCUUGUGUGUGCUUGGAUCAGCUGAAACCAUUUUGCCAGUCUCCUCCCAAAAGUAUCACUCCAGGCCCAGAGGAAAAUAAUAUUUCAGAGAGGUAAGAGGGAUAGUCAUGGGCAUUGGUUAAAAUAUAGUCUUCAUUUUAAGAAAAGAAAAUGUUUCAACAAAGAUCCAUUAUGAUACCAUAUGUUCUGAUUUAAGGUUUGGAAAUUCAAUAUAUCUUAACUGAUCGCCUUCUAUUUAAAGAUUGCACUAGCCAAUGGCACAGGCAUAAAGAAAAAUAAGACUCAUUCUGCCCUUUGGGAGUUCCCAGUCUAGUGUAGGACACAUACACAGACUUCAUCUUUUCCUUGUCACUCAUCCAUUCCCAAAGCUUGAGCCAUCACAUGUGUAAAUGAUCCCAAAUCAAUGUCUCUGCCUUGACCACAGGUCCUUGCCCCAGUUCUAUAUCUCUAACCACCUAGAAUGCCUCCACCUGAAUCUCCCCCUGCAUGCAUUUCAAAUUUAGUAGAUCCAAGACAAUUCACUCUUUCCACUACAUCUUCUCCUUUGGUCACUUUCUUUCUUAAAAAAACACUGUUCAAUCAACACUCCUUUUAAUUUCUUUCCUCAUUAUGAACUCAACAAAAUUAAUAUUUAAAUAAACAACAAAAAUAAAAAUGGGUUUUAUGUGAACCUGGGAACUUAGGUUACAUAGAUUGGGGGGGCUUUUACAUGUAUAUUAAAUUUGGCACAUGGUGACAAAACUUCACUGUUUGUGUCCCCCUCUGAACUUCA